AUGGGCUGUCUUUGCACGAAGCAGAGGCUUAGAUCAUAUGAAGACCCUGCAGUUCUGUCAUCUCAAACCUGUUUUAGUGUUGACGAGGUUGAGAUUUUGUAUGAGCUGUUCAAGAAGAUAAGCAGUUCCAUAGUUGAUGAUGGGCUAAUAAGCAAAGAAGAGUUUCAGCUUGGUUUAUUUGGGAACAGCAAGAAACAAAGUCUUCUAGCAGACAGGAUCUUUCAAUUGUUCGAUUCGAAACAAGACGGGGUGAUCGAAUUUGGAGAGUUCGUUCGAUGUCUGAGUGUCUUUCAUCCAGAAACACCUCAAGCAGAAAAGGCUGCACGUGCAUUUCAACUAUAUGAUUUACAGCAAAACGGCUUCAUAGAGCGUGAGGAGAUCAAGGAGAUAAUCUUGGCGCUUUUCAAAGAGUCAAACUUGAUCCUUCCUGAUGAAAUUGUUGAAGAAAUCAUUACAAAGACGUUUGAGGAAGCUGAUUCAAAGAGAGAUGGAAAGAUUGAUAUGGAAGAGUGGAGAGAAUUAGUGGCUCAAAAUCCAUCCUUAUUGAAGAACAUGACAAUUCCAUAUUUGAGGGACAUUACAUUUGCAUUUCCCAGUUUUGUGCUGAAACCAGACGUAGAAGACAUCACUAACAGCUAAACUUUAAAGGUUGAGAAAGAAUCUCAGAAAUACUACAUUGCAUUACCAAAAGUGAAAAACUACAAAAGGCUGAGAAAGAAUCUCAUAAUGACUUCAGACUUUACUUUCUCAGUCAUACUACCA